AUGAAGGUGAGCAAAUGGGAGAAGAUGGUUGCCUUAUCAGACGAAGGAUCAUGUGAGUUGGAUGUGUGGCCUCAUCUUUCUGCCCUCACCAGUGAUGCCAUCUCUCGCACUGCAUUUGGAAGCAACUACAGAGAAGGAAUGAGGAUCUUCCAACUCCAGAAAGAACAAGCCGAGCUUGCAGUGCAAGCUCUAAACUCUGUUUACAUCCCGGGAUCGAGGUAA